UCUGACGAUAUAACGGCACGUCGUGCAUUCUCUCCACUCUCGAUCUCCAUGGACGAAGUUGACGAAGAUUUUGUUCGGAAGCGAGUCGAAGAGGGUAAUAGUCAUGCUGUCAUCAGUGAAGAAUUACAGACGAUGUUUCCAGGACUUCGGGGACUUAGCGAACGAUCUGUUCGACGUUUCUGUACAGACAGAGGCCUAGGUCGACGUUGUUCUCUGACUAAAGAGGAACUAGAACGCCGCGUGUCUGACGCCGUAAGCGAGGUCGGACCAUCUUGCAUCUUCAGAUCGUCAAAAAGCAAGAAGAAGGCAAUGGCUACACAAUGCAAGUCAAAGUCUAAGAUUUCUCGUACUUGCAGGCGGUCACCAGUAAAUUUUUGAUUUUUUUCUUUGACUUUUACAAAAUAAUAUCACUAUACAUAUUUUAACUGCUAAUACGGUCUUGUU